UGGUUUGAUUCAAGAUGUUGAAAUGACAGGAAAAUGGAGAGUUACAACCAAGGAUGGUUACUUUUGGUGGCGAUUUUGGUGACACUAAGUUUACCAUAUUCACAAGCCUUCCGGGGGAACGAAAAGAAGAUAAAAACUGCCGUUUUCCAGUCACCUAAGUUCGUGCUCGGACCGGGAGAGGUCGAAAAUAAGUUCUAUUAUAAUAUCGACUUUCCGAGUGGCCACAUCGGCUUGAAAAAUUUCAAUGCUGAAGUGAUCGAUGAGGCCGGGAACCCUGUUCCGCUGCUGGAGACGUAUCUGCAUCAUUGGGUGGCUGUUAGAUACCAUGUGCGCAAAGGCAUUAACAUAUCAGCGUUUUCUGACCAUGCAAAACUUAACAAGUCCAAUUAUAUUUCCGGAAGAAACAGCGGAGUUUGUCAGGGUACUCUGCUUCCCCAGUACUUUGGCCUCGGGUCCGAAUCAAGGCACACCACGAUGCGUAUUCCGGAUCCAUAUGGAAUACCAGUCGGUAAUCCUGCUGAGAUACCUUCAGGGUUUGAGGAACAAUGGAUGCUUAACGUUCACGCUAUCAACACAAGGGGUGUGGAAGACACGUUGGGAUGUGUUGAAUGCCGUUGCGAAAUGUAUAACAUUACGGUCGAUGAAGAUGGAAAACCUCUGAGGCCAGACUACAGAGGGGGUGUGUCAUGUUGCUACAAUGGCACGCGAUGCAAGGUAAAACAGGGAUUCCAGGAUGCUAGAAGAGCUUUUUACCUUCGAUACACCGUGAAGUGGGUCGAUAUGAAUAGCUUCGUCUUGCCUAUUAAAGUUUAUAUACUCGAUAUUACCGAUACUUGGAAAAGGGCAGGCAAUUCAACUGAGAUUAACGCUGAUCAUCACUGCAAGAUGGAAUAUGAAAUCGAACCUUGCGAUGCUACCAGAUUGGCUAACGAUGGAUGUAUCGACAACAGAAGGAUACGCCUUGAGCCAUUUAGUGGUUAUAUCAUAUAUGCUGUGGCACACCAACAUCCAGGGGCCCUUGGUUCUGCUCUCUAUAGAGAGGAUGGCCAGCUUUUGUGUUCUUCAAUACCAAGAUACGGGAAGGGAGAAGGACCGGGAGACGAAGCCGGUUCCGUUGUAGAGAUGACCAGCUGCCAUCUUCCACCGGGAACCGUCGAGAUAUCCAAAGGGGAAACCUUGAUUUUUGAAUCGAAUUACAGUAGAAUCUCACGUCAUAGCGGAGUCAUGGGGCUGUUCUACGUCUUGGUUGUUGACAAAUUGCCCAAGCCAAUGCACAACCGGCACAGUGUUGUUGGAACGCAGGAUACUACAACACUGUUAGCAAUCCUUUGGGCCGUGGUACCUAUGAUCGGUCUGGUGGCUGCUAUCGCCGUCGCCAUUAAUUAUCGAUAUAAGAGCGAGAAAGGUGACGGCUAUGAAGCAAUUCGAUAUGAAUGUGCUAAGUAAUGAGCUCUAGUCCUUAUUGCA